AGCUUUUUCAAGUGAGGUUACAACGAACGAAUGUCAGGAGGUUGUGGUUAACUUAGUUCGAGCAUUUGAACGCGCUUUAGAUUGCCAUUCCAAGGUAAAUCUGAUCAGUUCCAGUGUAAAUAAAGUUAGUUUAGUUUAUGUUUCCUUCUGUAGUAACACUGGAUCAAUAUAAGAUGAUCCUUACUGGAUCUCUAGGGAGAACAGUUUAGAACUGAUAGAGCUAUCCAGUUUAAAUACAGUUAGUUUAGUUUAGGUUUCCUCCUGUAGUAACACUGGAUCAAUAAGAGAUGAUCCUUACUGGACCUCUAGGAAGAACAGUUUAGAACUGAUAGAGCUAUCCAGUAUAAAUACAGUUAGUUUAGUUCAGGUUUCCUCCUGUAGUAACGCUGGAUCAAUAAGAGAUGAUCCUUACUGGACCUCUAGGAAGAACAGUUUAGAACUGAUAGAACUAUAUCCAGUAUAAAUAAAGUUAGUUUAGUUUAUGUUUCCUUCUGUAGUAACACUGGAUCAAUAUAAGAUGAUCCUUACUGGAUCUCUAGGGAGAACAGUUUAGAACUGAUAGAGCUAUCCAGUUUAAAUACAGUUAGUUUAGUUUAGGUUUCCUCCUGUAGUAACACUGGAUCAAUAAGAGAUGAUCCUUACUGGACCUCUAGGAAGAACAGUUUAGAACUGAUAGAGCUAUCCAGUAUAAAUACAGUUAGUUUAGUUCAGGUUUCCUCCUGUAGUAACGCUGGAUCAAUAAGAGAUGAUCCUUACUGGACCUCUAGGAAGAACAGUUUAGAACUGAUAGAACUAUAUCCAGUAUAAAUAAAGUUAGUUUCCUACUACACAAACACUUCAUAGAAACUAAUUUCCUGGGUUUUUCAUUCCAGAUUUUAAACGGGGAUAUCAAAGACAAUCAACGUCAAGGUUUAUCGAUGCUCGCUGCGACUUUUACGACGAUACAUGAAAGUAUUUCAGAGUGUAAGAAUGAACGCGAGCGACGACUCGUGCGCUCGCCCAGAGCUUCGAAAAACACGGAAACGAACAGCGAAGAACACGCUGAAACUCAGCACUCGUUAACUAAACACACAGAAACAAAGGACAGUUCACAACAGACAGAACACGUUUUCACUACAAACGAAAACGGACAAAUAACGCCACUAUUAGAAAAAUAUUCCGAGUUACUUCUAAAGAAAUUCGAAGAAAAAAUGAAUGACAAGUAGUUUAUUUAAAUAAUCAGAUAAUUUAUUGUUAAUAUCAAAAUACUGAAUUAUAUCAUCAGAUGGUAAUUUAUUUUAAAAAUAUAGAAAGAGUUUAAUGUUUGAUAAAGCAUAUGACGUACUCGGAUGCCUAGUUUAUACCACUGUUCUGAUAAUGUAAGCAUAGAAUGGAACAAAGGUGAUUAAUUAGAUCUAUACAAUCAUGAUUCUAGGUUCAUUCACAAGAUCAUUCCGUAAUUAUUCAGAUAUUUUUUCACCGAGCACAAGCUCUGCUGUCGUGAAUACAAUCAAUUCUCCAGUCACAUGACCAGUGGUCACACAACCAUCUUUAUCAGACAAUGAUAUUUGAAGAUUUUUGGGUGUGCCAAGCAAAGAUACAAUUUCAAAAUAACCUUCCAUUGUUAAUACCUACAACAAGAG